AUGUGUGGGCAUGUUUUAAUAUUAAAACUGGAGUCUCAUCUCCAUCUCGAGGCUCACCUACGUGGAUGGGCCCGAACGCACACCGUCAACGCAGAGGGCAUCGAUCUGUUUCAGGCUGCCAUGGAGACGGGAGACUUCAGUCUGGUUCAAUGUUUAGAGAAAUAUCGGCGUACCAACGAGCUAGUCGCCUCAGCCAUGGCCUUGGAUGCUAUCAAAGUCAAUCAGCUGCUGAUGCAUAAAUCUGGUGGGCCACUUCAUUUAACUCCUAAUUCUCUCCUUCGCUACAUACAUUAG